UUCUGCUUGGCGUUAAAGUUCGUGCGUUAAAAAACCGGGAUUCGUUAGUUCAUGGAGGAAUUGGCCAUUUUCCCUCUUUUUGUGGGUUCUUCAAAUGAAUCAAAUCUUUAACGAUCCUCUGAUGAGAUGGCUAGGACUCAGAAGAACAAAGCAACCGCUCAUCAUCUGGUUUUGUUAAAGGCCAAACUUGCCAAGCUAAGAAGAGACCUUCUUGCACCGCCUACAAAAGGUGGUGAUGCUGCUGCUGGCGAAGGUUUUGAUGUCACCAAAAGUGGAGAUUCUAGAGUUGGACUUGUUGGGUUUCCUUCCCUUGGAAAAUCCACGCUCUUGAACAAGCUUACUGGAACCUUUUCCGAGGUACUCGCUAUUUUUUUUCUUCGGGUUGCUUCUUAUGAGUUCACGACUUUGACAUGCAUUCCCGGUGUUAUUACAUACCUACUUCCAUAUCUCCUUGGUCAAUCUGUUGUUUGUGGAGAGAGAUGUAUGAUUUGCUUGCUUCUUAUUGUUCUUAAGUUAUCUCCUAAGAAAUGAAAUACUUGGCUUUAUAUAUGACAUGUCCUAGCCUUUAAUUUUAUUCUCUUAAGUGCUCACUCUAUGUCUGUCAUGUACUCCGGUGUUUCCUGAUCUUGCUAUAAUUUGUAAUUGUUCAUUGGAUGUUGAUGAUACUCUUUUUUUGGGCAAACUUCCUCAUUGCUAUCCUAUCAGGUAAAGACUAUGAAUCCUUCUAAAUCAGAAUCGAAUAUAUUUGUUUGGGGGAUUCAAAUUGAAAUGACUUUUUUGGUAAACCGUGGACUUGAAAGAUGUGUUUGAAAGAUGUGUUUGGGAAGUUCAUGUUUGAUACAAUGUUAGUUAUAGAAACCGAAGAUGGAAAGAGACAAAUUUAAUUUAAUUUUUUUUAAGGAGCCCAAAUUAAGAAACUACCAUUGUAACUCAACUCAAAAAUUAGGUGAUUCUUAA